GUUGAGUCAGGCACUAACAUACCUGCCUCCCUGCUCCUGGCAGCUUAAAGCACAAGAAUCUGCUUGGCCAAGACUCUCCUGUAUCCAUCUCCUGUCAAGUUUCACACCUGACUUGGAUACAGAAAGGACCACCAUGGGACUAUUCUACAGUAAGAGCCAGACAGAACCCUCUCCGUGCAACUUGCUCACCGUAAAAAUCAUACAAAUGAAAAAUGCCAGGAAAGCAGACUUGUUCACCCAGUCCGAUUGCUAUGUGAGCCUGAGUUUGCCAACAGCUUCAGUGCAGCAUUUCCGCACCAAGACAGUCCAGAACAAUAAGAACCCGACAUGGAAUGAAACCUUCCACUUCACGAUUCAGAGCCAGGUUAAGAACAUUCUGGAACUGAAAGUUUGUGAUGAGGACAACACAACUGAAGAUGACCAUCUCCUUACUGUUUUCUUUGAUGUCUCCAAAAUCCAGCUUGGAGAAAACAUUCGUCUGUGUUUCCAGCUGAAUCCACAGGGAAAAGAGGAGCUGGAGGUUGAAUUCACAAUGGAAAGCAGUCCGGAUCCUCCUGAAAACAUUGUUACUAAUGGAGUUUUAGUGUCCCGUGAAGUUUCCUGUUUGGACGUGCAGGUGAAUGGUGGGAGGCUGAGGAAGGACAGCACAGAGAGGAAGUUUGCGUUAACUGUAGAUGGGUCAUAUGAAGGAACCCAGAUUCACACGCUGAGCUCCUGCCUCUGCCCAACCUCCUCAGCCAGGUUCCACUACAUCAAGUAUAAUCAGUCAGUGCUCACCGUGGCACUACCCCGGCGGAGGACACUCAGCAGGUCUAUAUCAAGUCAAAAUGAAAGGGAUAUGAAUGAGUCUGUGACCAUACCUCUGAACUCGCUUCCUAUACAAGAGAAAAUAACAAUAGCAGAGGACAGGACAAUUGACUUGUACACAAAGGCAAAAGAAUGGACUCAGGGUCUGUUUUUCAGGCCAAGAAACCUAGACGCACGGUUGGGCUUUGACCUGUGCAGUGAUGAACAGGAUUUUCUGAGAAACCGGAAGAGAGUGGUUGCUGCUGCAUUGAAGGAAGUUCUUCAUCUGGAGGAAGACCUGCAAGAGCAUGAGGUGCCUAUAGUUGCUGUGACCACAGCAGGGUGUGGGAUAAGAGCACUCACUGCCAUGUAUGGAAGCAUUUUGGGUCUUCAAAAAUUGCGUGUUCUGGACUGUAUUUCAUACAUCAGUGGCUCAUCUGGCACAACAUGGACCAUGACAAAACUGUAUGAGGAUGCUGAUUGGUCACGUAAAGAUCUUGGAGAAAUAAUUAUUGAAGCACGUAAGCAAGCAGCCAAGUGCAAGAUGGAUGCUUUUUGCUUGAGAAGCCUGAGGAAUUAUUACAGAGAGCUGAGCCAAAGGACGCAAGCAGGCCAUAAGACAUCUUUUAUUGAUCUUUGGGGGCUCAUGAUAGAAUCCAUGUUAAAUGAUGGGAAGUGCCACCACAGACUAUCUGAUCAACGUCGAGCAGUGAAUCAGGGCCAGAACCCACUGCCCAUCUACCUUGCCCUUAAUGUCAAGGACAAAGUUACCACCAAAGAUUUUAGAGAAUGGGUGGAGUUCACACCAUACGAAGUGGGCUUCCUGAAGUAUGGUGCCUUCAUUCGUGCGGAGGAUUUUGGCAGCGAAUUCUUCAUGGGUCGUCUGAUGAAGAAGCUCCCCGAGUCCCGGAUCUGUUUCAUGCAAGGAAUGUGGAGUAGUAUCUUCUCCAAAAACCUCUUGGAUGCCUGGCAUGCAGCUGACAAUUCAGAGGACUUCUGGCACAGGUGGACCCAAGACAAAGUGACUGAAAUAGAAGAACAACCAGACUUGCCCGAGAAGCCACAUGAGAUGGCUACAUGCAUGUUCACUCCUACGAGCGGCCUCUCUACGUCUCUCCGGGAUAUCCUGACGGACCGCCCUGCCGUCUCCAAGUAUCACAACUUCCUGAGAGGCUUCCAGAUGCACAAUGAGUACAUCCAGCAGGAACAUUUCACAAAAUGGAAAGACACUUUGCUAGAUGCCUCUCCUAAUGACCUGAGAAGCAAUUCAGACCACCUGGAGUUGGUGGAUGCAGCUUUCUUCUUUGAAACCAGCUGCCCACCCCUUAUGAGACCAGAGCGGAAAGUGGAUGUCAUCAUAUUCUUAAAUUACACUGGUGGAUCUCAGACCUUGCCCCUGGAGCAGGCUUGCAGAUACUUCUCGGAGCAGGGAAUUGCAUUUCCCAGCACUGGACUCAAGGAAGAUGAGAAGAAUCUGAAGGAGUGCUACAUGUUUGACGGUGCAGGCAUGCCGGGAGCUCCUCUGCUGCUGUAUUUUCCAUUAGUGAAUGACACCUUCCAAAGAUAUGUAGCACCUGGCAUGUCACGUAGUGCUGCUGAAAUGGAAGAGGGCAAGGUUGAUAUCUCCAGUUUCUGCUCUCCAUACUCAACGAGGGAGGUCUCGCUGAAAGCAGAAGAUUUCAACAAACUCAUGAAGCUCACUAAUUACAACAUCAUGAACAAUGAAAACAUGAUUCUUCAGGCCUUGCGCAUGGCUGUGGCACAGAAGAAACAAGCUCCAAGCCAGACAGUAUCACAAGCACAGUCCUCUGCUUGAACAGCAUUUUCCUUCCUGUCACUAAAUAUUUACCACGACAGCACAUAUGCAAUAGCUACUUCUCUGCUCUUGGCAGAUGCCAUCUGUUUCUAACUAAGUAGCCUUCUCAAAAAAGAAAACUUGAAGUAUGUUUUUCAAAGCUGUAUGUUUCAGUUUACUAAGUAGUAGCUGCUUUUUGAUUCACAGUUGUGAUACCAAGCAUAGCAGUCUAUGUUAACACCACAUCACUGCAAUGAUCAAAAAAUGAAAAUUCAGCUGUGUGUGGUAGGGAAAUAGUUUUGUCCUUACCUCUGCAAUGUCUUAUUGUCUCAGUGGCUAGUUGCUAGUAUUUUUUCAUCUGCAAAAUAUUCUGGCAGUUUGCUGAGAUCAUUGGUAGCAAAUCUAUAAAGCCCUCUUCAGAGAGAGAAGGAGGCAGCCACGCAUUAUCAAUUUAAUUAAUUUCACUUGGAUUUAAUAACUUGAAUAAUAUUAUGUUAUACCUUUUAAAAGUUUUGCUUCCUAGGUGAUUCUUUUGUCAUGAACAUCAUGGAAUAUACAUAUAUCAUGAAAGCUAUUUGGUUUUUCAAACUUGGGUUGGGUAAUGGAUGUCUAGAUGGGUGGACUUCUAGGUGCUUGAUGACAUCUAUUCUUAUCAAUCAAAUCAAACUUAUGAAUUAUUUUUGAAGGACUGUUGCUAUUUCUUUGUCCAGUCAACUGGGUUCUGUCUCAGAUUAUGUGUGUGUUCUGCAAUUGUCUCCCUGAAAUGCAAUUUUGCUUCAGAAUCAUUUCAAGUUUGUUUGAUGUAGUGAAUUGAAAUAUUACUGAAGCAGAUAGCAUGGGAGGGGAAUUGCAGGACAUAUGGUAAUUGCACACACAAAAUCACACAGGAAAAAUGAAGUAAGAUACCAAUACUCUGCAUCACAUGGUUAAAGUAUUGUUAAAAACCCAUAAAACAUAAAAUACAGCUGUUAGGUAUGCUAGCACAAAUUAAGAUUAUAUGACUGCCACAAUGUAACUAGUUAUUUAAUAAGUGCAUUGAAAUAUAGUGACUGUGGGGAGAAAGCUGAUUUAUACACAUAUAGCACAAAAAUAUAACAGCUCUCAAACACCAGUGCAGUAUUUGAAGAAUAGAAGAAAUGCCUGUCCCAGGAAUGGCAUAUACCAUUUAGGAAUAUACCCUAAAUGGUAUAUGCACAGAGCUGAUAAAGAACUGGAUGAGCAAUCUAUUAACACAAAAGCAGCACUUCUCUUCAGGCCAUACAGAAGAAUGUCAUGUAAAGCAGGAAAAAAUUGUGUGUCAUGCCAAAGAAGCAUGUCUUGUCCACUAGUGUAUGAAUGUUGAUCAACCAUCAUUGCAUAUCUGUACGUGCAUAUAUAGCAGAAUAAAUAUCUAGUAUUUCUUCCUCUUCAGAUAAUGAGAUAUUUCAUAAAUAAAACCUCUGGAAAGCUGUCUCCUUUUGGACAGCUUUCCAAGAGUUAUGAAAAAAUAUUAACUAUUUGGCUAAAAAAAAGAAAAAAGAAAAAGCCCAGGUGUUUUGAGGAGAAGCAAACAUAUCCAAAUACACUAAAGGCUAAGAAAAGUCCAGCAGAGACAGACAUCUAGCUCCUGUUUCUAGUGUGGAUUCUUCCUUAGAGUCAAGUUACCGGAGAAAGACAUGUGGUCUUUUCUGGAACUGUGGCUUGUUAAGAAGUUGUGUUUUCCUGUGGUUUUGGUCACAGUUGUGAAAGGCAGGUGCUGGCAGAUGGGAGUUUGUUUGUCAAACACGAGCCAGGAUAAGAUUUCCAGGAGUCCCUCACCUUCUUUUAUAACCUGGCCUAAAAGGUGCAGGCAAGAGUGAUAAAAGAGUCUUUUCUAUCCACGAAUUUCUCAAGAAAGUACAUAGACAAUUUCAACCUCAUAUUCUAAAAUCCUGACAUUGUUUUAUCUAAGAAGCCACUGAUGACCUCAAAAUAAGGUAACUAAACUGUCAAAACGGGCAUAGUGACUGAAUCCUCAGUGCCUUAGGAGGGUAUCAUCAUAUUUGUCAGAGUGUUCCUUUUAUUGCAAAGAUUUGGGUAUUACUCCAGUCCAGUUCCAGUUUGCAGCUGCUGGACCUUGUUUGGGACUUUUUUUUUUGUCAGGAUUAGAUACUAUGCUUGACUGAUAGUAAAUGGUGAGGAUCUGUUCCUUCCUGGUUUUACCAGACUCAGAGUGGUAAGAAAACACGUAUUCCUGAGACAAGAACAGUUAUCUGGGGAUCCCUCCUACAGCCUGCUCCACUUUUGGAAUGUCCCUUGUCAGAACUGAUAAAGAACAAAUCUCAGAUAAUCUCAACCAAACCAGAAAUAGUAGAUUCUCAGACACUGUCAUGGUGUUUUGGGUUACUGGGUUCUCCACUUUGAGAUAUUUUUGUUUGUUUGUUUGUUUUAAUUUGUAGGCAGGCAUCAUUUUCCAUAGUCCUGGUGCUACCAUAGCUCUUCAUCCCCAGGUCAGACUUCCACGGGAACGUCUCAGGAAACAUCAGUUCAGCUGCUGCAGAAGCAAACAAAUCAGUUCAGCCACUUUGAGAUCAGUGUUCACAGUUUGGUGAUAAAUAGCCAAGGCUGCUUGUCUGAUUGAGGUCUUUUUAACCAGACAUAAUCUUAAUGGGAAUGUUAUCUUCGUCAUCAUACAAUUAUGAUAGAAUGGUUUGAGUUGGAUGUGACUUUAAAGACCAUCUAGUUCCACCCCUCUGCCAUGGGCACCAGACCAAGUUGCUCAAAGCCUCAUCCAGCCUGGGCUUGAACACCACCAGAGAUGGGACAUCCAAGACUUCUUUGGGUAACCUGUUUCUGUGCCUCACCACCCUUACAGUAAAAAAUUUCUUCCUAACAUCUAAUCUAAAUCUGCCCUCUUUCAGCUUAAACUCAUUACCCCUCAUCCUGUCACUGCACUCCCUGAUAAAGUGCCCCUUCCUAUCUUUCCUGGUGGACCCCUUUAAAUACUCAAAAGCUACUAUAAAGUCUCCCCAGAGCCUUCUCUUCUCUAGCUUGAACAACCCCAACUCUCUCAGACUGCCCUCAUAUGGGAGGUGCUCCAGCCCUCCAAUGACCUCCGUGGCGGUUCUUUGUACUCACACUAACAGAUCCAUGUCCUUGUGUCAUUUUACAUCUCUUUAAUCGGAAAGGUUUUGAGUGUAAAUUUCUAAUCCUAAAAUGUUUGAUGACUAAAGUAAUUUUCAUUCUGUGCAAAGCUGUAAGGCCAGAAUUGACUCUCUCUAUUGUGAGUUUUCUUGACGUGUGUGUGUGCAGAAAGGAAAAACAGGUCAUGAGUACCGUGAGUGUAUGAAACUCUUGCAGUUCUGAAGUGGUCAUUUCAUAUCAGACAUCUGAGCAUGUAACUAGCUGGACCUGUGCAAGGGUCAUUCACCUUUGUACCUGCUGAUGCACAGUUUUCUGCCAGAAAAUAGUUGGGUGCAAUUCUUCUUAUUAUAAUUUCAUGACAUUGCAUCAUUUUUAACACAUUUAGAUGUUAGCUUUUAAGAUGAAUAGAUGUAUGCCCUAAUUUGGUGAAUUUGUUCUUUUUGUCUUGAUUUACUAAUAAGUUUUGUGUUUGUGGAAGAGUUCUGAAAGCUGAAAAUGCAUACCCACCUGACAAAUAUAUGAAUGGAAUUGAGGAAACACCUACCAGAAAGCAACUCAACACCCUCUAUCUCCAAGAA